GGAGAGAGGCUGGAGCGUACGUGUCGCUAGCCAACAUUUACUACACUAUGCGAGAACAAGAGCAAAGCAGCACAGUGUCGUCAUCAUAGGGCUUCUUGCGAGUUGCUGGCCGGGCUCCAAUUGGUGCUCGGCGACGAAUCAAGAUCCGCCAUUGCUGUGGUGGCAUGAGGAGUUUUCUAGCUUCCAAGCUGAAGCGGCAGCCAGAAGGUGCUGGAGCUGCAGGAGCUGCGGGAGCUAUGAGGGACGAGGACAUUAUCAUCAAUGGAAACUUCGACAGUGGAUUAGAGGGCUGGAGGGCCUCGUAUGGAUGCAAAGUUUCGCUCUGUGAUCCGAACGCGCUACAAGGGAUCCAGCCUCGCGGCGGUGAGUUUGUGGCUGUUGUGUCGGGGAGGACGCAAGGGUGGCAAGGGAUUGAGCAGGAUAUCAGUGAACGGGUUAAGCCAGGCAUCAAGUAUGAAGUUCUUGCGUUCGUCAGUGUGGCUGGAGUUUCCGAAGCGGAUGUUCUUGCUACCGCGAAACUGGAAAAGAAGGAUUCUGAUACGAAAUAUAUGCAGCUUGGGAGAGCAAGAGCUUCAAGAGGCACUUGGACAAGAAUACAAGGACCGCUGCUUCUAAACGAAAGUUUUGACAAAGUCUUGGUGUACUUGGAAGGACCGCCUGCUGGAAUUGAUAUUUUAGUCGACAGCGUGAGCAUCACCACACAAAGUUCUGGCAUAGUGCCUGGGAAACAGGAUUACUCGGACGUGCCCGACACUUCCCCCAGUGAUUCGGUCAUAAAGAAUGCUUGCUUUUCUCGGGGUUUGCAAGGGUGGUCUGCAAGAUCGUGUACACUUACACUGGAUGAUCCUCAUGUCUCCCCCUGCACAGGAGAUCACUUUGCAAUAGCAUCGAAUCGAACACAGACAUGGCACGGAAUCGAGCAAGACGUAACGGGACGCUUGUCUGCGAACAUCAUGUAUGAUGUGAGGGCUACUGUUCGCAUCCGUGGAGGCCUUUCACGAGCGGAAGUUCUAGCGACUCUGUACAUUCAAAAGUCCAACAUGCAAGAGCAAUACAUGACCAUUGGAAGGACAACUGCUUCAGCCGAAAGCUGGUCGAGUUUGCAAGGCUGCUUUACCAUCCAUAGCAUGCCGAAACGAGCUGUGAUUUUCCUUGAGGGUCCGGCACCUGGUGUUGAUAUUCUGGUUGAUUCAUUCUCUGUGUGUCCAGCAAAGAAACCCGAGCCAAGCCCUCCGCCGUCUUUCCAGAAUCCCAUGUUCGGCAUCAAUAUUGUAGAGAACUCGGAUCUCCACAAGGGACUGUCGAGCUGGUUUUCAAUGGGAUCAUGCUCCCUUCGUGUUGCAACUGGUGCACCGAAAAUUCUUCCACCGUCCGCAAAGCUGUCUCUGGAGUUCCACCCAGAGUUUAGCGGAAACUACAUCGUUGCAACAAACAGGAAGUUCGGAUGGGAAGGUCCUGCUCAAAAACUCACGGAGAGAAUCCAGCUCUUCCUUCCUUACCAAGUCUGUGCCUGGGUGCGCAUCGGUGGAAGCAGCCAGUCUCUUGCGAGAGUAAACGUGGCUCUCUCCGUGGACGGGCAAUGGAUGAGCGGUGGCGAAGUAGAUGCAAGCCCGAGCUCCUGGACAGAAGUAGCGGGUUCUUUCCGGCUUGAGAAGAAGCCUUCGGAAGUCAUGGUUUACGUUCAGGGUCCUGACGCAGGUGUUGAUAUCAUGGUGGCAAACCUCCGGAUUUUUUCAGUGAAUCGCAGCGAUCAAUACGCCGCUCUGAAGAAGCAAGCUGACCAGGUUAGGAAACGCGACGUGGUGCUUCGAAUCAAAAGCGAUAAGUCUGGCACUCCUCUACGCCUACAAGUCAAGCAAAUAUCCUCGAGCUUCGCGCUGGGAGCUUGCAUCAACCGCAUCAAUCUGGAAAACACCAAGUACGUGGACUACUUCCUCAAGACUUUCAACUACACGGUGUUUGAGAACGAGAUGAAGUGGGGAUGGACAGAGCCCGAGCAGGGAAAGCUCAACUUCAGAGAAGCGGACGAGCUCUGCAAGUUCUGUGCCGAUCACAAGCUCCCUGUCCGAGGCCACUGCGUGUUCUGGGAGGUGGAGCACUGCGUCCAAGGCUGGUUGAAGAAACUUAGCAAGGAGAAGCUCCAAGCAGCAGUGGAGAGCCGCAUAGAAAAGCUGGUGUCGCGAUACCGGGGCAAGUUCCAGCACUACGACGUGAACAACGAGAUGCUACACGGGGAUUUCUACAAGAGCAGGCUGGGUGACGAGGUCCACGCCAACAUGUUCAAGCAAAUCCAUCGUCUGGAUCCCUUGGCCAGGCUCUUCGUCAAUGACUACCACGUCGAAGAUGGUCGAGAGGCGAACUCCUCGGCUCGGAGAUACGUCCAGCAAAUCGACAGUUUGAUCGCGCAAGGUGCUCCAGUCGGUGGUAUCGGCGUCCAAGGCCAUGUCGACGUUCCCGUGGGGCCGAUUCUUCGCGGCUCGCUGGACGAGCUCGCGAUGCUGGGACUUCCAAUCUGGCUCACGGAGGUGGACGUGUGUUCGAGCAACGAGCACGUCCGAGCGGACGACUUGGAGGCUGUGCUGCGCGAAGCGUUUGCUCAUCCGGCGGUGGAGGGAGUGGUGCUGUGGGGAUUCUGGCAGGGGUGCUGUAGAUCAGAUGGCCACCUUGUGGAGGUGGAUGGGACGCUGAACGAGGCUGGGAAGAGGCUGGAAGCUCUGAGAGGAGAGUGGCGGACGGAGCUCUCUGGCUCCACGGACAAGGAAGGGAAGUUUGCGUUUCGCGGGUACUUUGGAAGCUACAAGGCCUUGGUCGAGAAGAGCGGUGGAAAGAAAGUGGAAGUGAGCUUCGAUGUGAGCCAAGAUACAAACACCAUAGAGUUACGCCUGUGAUCGCAAAUCCUUGGAGUGCAAAGUUGUGAGCAGUUCGAUAAAUUCAAUAAAAAAUAAAAGUUUAUACAAAAA